AUUUAAACUGAAACCGGUUGUGAGUUUGUUGAUGAGUGGAUAAUGGUCGGCGUGCAUUUUUGCUGCUGUUUAUUUGAUUUACGUGUUCCACUGUGAGAGUGUAUAGUAAAUAGUUUAAGGAAUUUGUAAAUCCAAGGACAUUGUUAAGAUUUUACUUAUCAUACACUUUCGUGAGAUCUAACCCUGACAAAUGAUAACUUCAUGAAAAUGGUACUAAACAAACGAGAUUUGGAAAGGGCGUUUUCGCCCAUUAAACAUCGCAAAUCAGGAGGAAGGAGAAGCUUAAACAAGUCACAUAAAGGAGGGAAUUCUGUAAAUGAGACAUCUUCGAGCAUGAGAGUUUAUGUCAGGAUACGUCCACAGAAUCCAAAGGAAAUAGAGAAUAAUACUAGGUCUAUCAUACAAGUGGUAGAUGAAAAUGUGCUGAUAUUUGACAGCAAAGAGGAAACAGAACCAUUCUUCUUUCAUGGUUCAAAGCAAAAUUGCAGAGAUCUACAGAAGAAACAGAACAAAGAACUGAAUUUUGGAUUUGAUCGGGUGUUUGGCUGUAACUCUUCGAAUGAAGCCGUAUUUGAAGUCAGUACUAAGGAUAUAGUCAAGUCUUUGUUGGAUGGUUUUAAUUGCUCAGUGUUUGCUUAUGGAGCCACUGGAGCUGGAAAAACAUACACCAUGUUGGGAAGCAAUACAGUUCCAGGAAUAACGUACCUCACAAUAGUGGAAUUAUACAAACAAAUGGAAAUACUUUCCAGUGAGAAGGAGUUUAAUCUGGGAGUUUCUCAUCUAGAGGUGUAUAAUGAAAAUGUACAAGACUUGAUUCAGCCGUCCGGUCCCCUUCAUCUGCGAGAGGACAGUAAUUACGGUGUUCGGAUUCCUGGCCUUUCUCUUCAUCGCAUCACAAAUGCUGAUGAACUCUUUGCUUUAAUGGCAAAAGGAAAUAAGAACAGGACUCAGCACCCGACAGAUUCUAACGCUGAAUCAUCACGCUCACAUUCAGUCUUCCAGUUGUAUAUUCGAAUGACCAAUAAACUGGAUAGGAAUCUGAAGAUCAUGAAGCUAUCGAUGAUUGAUCUUGCUGGGUCUGAAAGGGGAUCUGCUACUGGUUGCAAGGGCAUGCGCUUUACCGAAGGAUCCAAUAUCAACAAGUCGCUGCUUGCUUUGGGAAAUUGUAUUAACAGCUUGGCUGGUGGUCUGAAACAUAUUCCAUAUCGUGAUUCUAAGCUCACGAGGCUACUUAAAGACUCUCUGGGAGGCAAUUGUCAGACAGUGAUGAUUGCAAAUGUAUCUCCUUCAAGCAAUUCCUAUGAAGACACAUACAACACCCUCAAGUAUGCUACACGCGCAAAGAAGAUCAAACAGAUGAUAAAGAAGAACAUUGUUUCUGUUCAGCUGAAUGCUGCACAGUAUUCGAAAGUGGUGGAGUCAUUGACUGCUGAAAAUGAAGAGCUGAAACUGAAGCUAAGAACGUACGAAGCACAGAAUGCUUGUCAGAAAAGCACGACAAUGUCCACUGUGCAAUCCAACCACAAAGAGAAAUUGUCUGCUCCAUAUCAAGAACUGGAAGCAAUGAACACAGAGAUUUCAAAAUUAGUGAAAGAAAUAAAACUGCUGAAUUGGAGAAACCAUGUGAAACAGAAAAUAGCAGACAGGUUGCCUUGCCUCUCCAUUAAUAAUAUUCAGCUGGACAAGCGUCUUAAUCGGAUUAAAACGUCCAUGAGGCAACUGCAAGGCCGAGAAUCAAGUUUCAAGCAGAAAUUAAGGGAAACCAUUAUCAGGAGGAAUGAUCAUUUUGAAAGAAUUAACUCGUUGAUAAAAACACUGGAUCAAGACGGCACCAACACUGAGCUAAAUCAACAUAUUGCUAUAUUGCAUCUACAGUUGGAGCUGCAUGAGAAGGACGUGCAGCUAGGACACUAUCAGCAGCUGCUCUCCAUGCAGCAGAAUGAGCUGCAGAGUGAGGAUUUGAUAGUCAAAGAGAUGUGCAAUACUCUGAAGCAGUACCACUUCCUCCUGCAGGGAAACAACAUAACAACUGAAGAAAUGGCGUCACAUUAUGAUGAAUUGGUUCACAAAUUGGAAGGAUUCAAGCACAUAUCAUGGAAGAAAGAUCAAGAAACUAAUGUUAAUUCUAAUUUCACAUUUAGUUUUGCAGAAAUGUUAAGGGAAAAUUUGUGUUCAGAGGGUAUUAUCAGAGUUGAGACCGCCAAUAAACCACCGGCAAAUAUUACUGUAACUGGAUCAGUGACUGACUGCACUGGUCAGGAUGGUCUUUCUUUAAGCACUGUGUUAACUGCCCUCCCUGAUAAUGAACUGUCUGAAAGUGAGUCAGAAGCUGGCGAUAAUGGGCAGUGUGGUGAACGUUCAGAUGCGCUAAGAAGUACCUCUCUGGGAGUAUCGCUAUCAGCAAAUGAGACAGAAGCUGGAGCAGAAGGCAAGAGAGAUGUUAAAAGUAACUCACGUGUGAUAUUAGAAACUGUCAACGAAGACGGUCAUCAGCUUCCAGUCAGUCAAACAAGUCUUUCAGAAAAUACUGAAGAGUCAGAAAUUCAAAAAGUGAGAGAUAAAACUAUGGAAUGUUGUGGGAUUCUGAAGGAGAUUAAUUUGCCGGUGGACUCUAUGCGAGACGUUGUUGCAGAGUGUUCUGUAACACCUUUAAAAGUUCACUGUGACACUGCUGUGCAAAAUGGCUGCAGUACUAAUUGCUCGUUAUUAAAUAGCACCUUCCUGUUGCCUAAAUCCUCACCAUCACACGUUCAAGUGAAAUCUCCUAGGAAACUGGCAGAGGGGAACAGCACUCAAUCAAAAAAACAGAUCACAGUUAAUGUACUGGACAGUAGCAAGAAAAGAAAUGGCUCCACUGAUCUUAAACGCAGACUGUGCAAUAAAGAGAACAGAGUUGCAGGCAUGAAGGCGAAACAGUCGGCAGUUUACCGAGGGGCUGGCCAUGACAGUGGUAAAGACCACACAUUUACGGUUCCUGUAUUGCCACAGCUACGGACAUCUAAACCUUCCACGCCCAAACUGACACCUAUUUCUAAACAUUGCAGACCUGUGACCAACCAAGUGUCGGGAAAAGUGGCUUAUAUGAAGCAAAGGAAUCAGCUGAAUAGAGCUCACCCAUACAUUGCCAAUUGAUACUCAUGUAAUUGAAGGCAAAGAUGUACUACAAAAUUUUGCAGUGGCUGUACUGAAGUGCAGUACUGAGAACAAUAUAUAUCUUCCUGAAUAUGAACUCCAUAGACCAGGUCAUAGUUAAUAGUAUUUGUUAAUGACAUGAAAACAAGAAUUUUGUCUUUUUAGAGAUUGUGCGUCUUAUGAUAAGAGAGCCAUAAAGAGUCUUCUCUACUUAAGUAUAAUUUUUGUAUUUUGACAUUUAAGUGACAUAUUGUAUAUUUAGAUCUUUAUUUGAAAAACUAUAAUUACUUGAUUAAAAUCAUAAUAUAGAUAUUGCUAUUGAUAUUGCAGUGCAAGACAUGUU